CGGGCUAUAUUUAGAUCAAUGACGGCCUAGACAGUAAGGAAAAUGUUGCUUUUGGUCUGAAUCAGAGUAUGCUCAGGUCUAAAUGUACACUAAAAGGCAUUCAGUAAUGUUCUAAGAAAUUUUCAACCGAACAUUGCUGGUUUUGAAGCGGAAGCGUAGCCAGGUCUCGCUAACAGGGUCACCGAUCAUCUAGGCCUGCUUGUACAAUCAUGUACAAAGAUGUCAGAUAAACUCGAGUAUAUCAACCACACAAUACUGGAGUGUCACAGAGACGAAGUAUCGGCCUACCUGUGGGAGCAUGGCUUCGUGAAGACUGUGUGGUUCCUUGUAGAGAAGGUAUGGGACAACAUUACUAUCUCUGAAGCUGACAGGGUUUUGAAAGCACGAGAUGAAAGUAGCCCCCUUUAUCGGCUUCUGUUCAAAGAGUACAACGUAGAGGAACAUUUCAGACAGGUCGAUUCUCACAGAGAGUGGAUAGUGAAAGCUUACGAACGUCUGAAAGACUACGUCCCCCAUAUGACCAUUGAAGAUGCCAAGCUGCACGAUCUUAGCAAAUACGACUUUGUCCAGGCUAUAGGCUACACCGCAAAGUGGGUGCAUGAUGUGGACUGGGGAAACGAGACUUGGCAAGCAUCUCUGAAUGACCACUACAGGCGUGAACGACAUCAUCCCCAGUUCUACCCCAAAGGUCAGAGGAUGCCCCGGAAGGACUUGGAAGAAAGCCUGGUCGACAUGGUUGCCAGCCGCUGGGAAAGACAACUGGAGGGAAAUGACCAGGCGUCUAAUGUUGAACUUGUUGAGUUUGACUCAAAGUAUUUGCUGAGAUACUGCAAAGAAGACAUUGCCGAUGUGCAGGCUUUGAUAGGUAAAAUCAAACAGGGCGACAUUACAGAAUAUCGAUGGAAGCUUAUAGCGUCGGUUACUCCAGAAUCAAAGAGGGAAGAUGUCCAAGUGUUCUUCAAGGAAAACGGAUUUGUCCAAACCAUAUGUCAUCUGUACGAGACGGUCUGGGACCCGGAUUCCAUAGCACUAGCAGAGAAAGGACUGAAGGAUCGGGAUCCCGAUAGUCCGUUCUACCAGUUACUAUACAUCGAGUAUGACGUCCAGGAACACUACCGCCAGUGUGACUCUCACAGAUUCUGGAUCAUGAAAGCCUACGAACGUUUAAAGUCGAAUAAUUUCUUAACAGAAAUGACGGAUGAGGAAGCCAAAGUUCACGAUUUGAGUAAAUAUGACAUUUCCCAGUCAAUUGGCUACACCGCCAUGUGGGUUCACAAAGUCGAUUGGAACAACAAAACAUGGCAGACCGCUCUAAACGACCACUACAGACGAGAGAGCCACCAUCCGCAGUUCCACCCUAAAGACAAGAGAAUGCCCCGGAAGGACUUGGAAGAAAGUCUGGUCGACAUGAUCGCGUGCAGGUGGGAGCGGGAUUUAAAAGGAGACGAGAAAACAACCUGGCAGGAUUUGGUAGAUUUUCAUCCAAAUUAUUUAAAGCGUUAUUGUGAAGAAGACUUAACUGAUGUGACUUCACUUAUCACCAGUAUCAAGGGACAUCCGGAGAAUUGAGAACGACAAAAUCAUACAAAAAACUAAACUGAAUUUAAUGGACCUGCUCAAUGUGUUUUAGUCGACUUCUAAGUUAAAACCGACGUGCGAAACAUACAUCGUUAACGUCUAUUCAAGUCUGCAAAUAAACGGAUCACCGCUCUUGCAAAACCAGGCGAUAAAGCACAGUCUGUACCUUUUAUUUCCAUUGAGAGAUACCAAUCAGGAGCCUUUCAACCGACGGAUACCUGGUGAUACCAGACCCCGAAUAAAAUAAGGAGUUUGGAAGAGAAGCCUAGCAGAGAUAAUCAGAACCAUGGUAGUUUGUCCAGUCUAACAAGAGAAGAGAGAACGCUGGUAUAGUGUUGAAGUGGAAUUGGGGUGAAGACAGGGACGUGUUUGACACAUCUACAAGAUACAAGAAGUUUUAUACAUUGUCGUAUAUGGCAUAACAUUGAAACAUUAGCUCUGUGGAGCUUUUUUUACGACAAACAUCUCCCUAUAAGAAUUGUCUGACAAGAGUAGGACUGUUAUUUGUAUAGUUCUGUUAGGUCUAUUAUUAGAAACUCCGGUAUAGAGUUUGGGACAGAGGGCCACUUGGUUUAACCACCUAAAGGAUUAAGUAUUGUAUGGCAUUGCAGCGAAGCUAGCUGAAGGAUCCCUGUCCCACUGCACUGUGGUUUUUCGUAUAGAUAUAUACAGUAACCUCCACUUGAUAUCCUUUUAGUUAUAACUGAAGCACAGUUGGGCAAAGACACUUCCGCUGACCACGUGGUUACGUCGGUUAUAGCGAUAUAAUGACAAUAUGAAGUCCAUGGUUGCAAUCCCAGGCUAUCACCGCUGAAUACUUACAAUCAUAACACUGUUGUUGAGUAUAUUUUGUUUCUCAUGUUUUAUCUUUCCAUAAAAGUCCUGUGAUGUACAAAUGUAUGGUAUCCGUUUCAGAAAUGCUUUAUAAAGCAGUUUCAAAAGAGUCGUUUAAGUUUUUGGCAGUGGUAUGGGGAUCCUGAAAUGAACCUUGUACAUUCGUUACACCUGUAAAAUCCCCACUUUUGUCUAUACUUACAUUUUAUGUGUGCGUGUGUGUUACCUUGACGAAUAUUUUAGAGCAGGUCUCUGUAGUAAGAACGAUAACUCCUUGUAGAGUCAAGUAGUCUAUCUUUGGAUUGCGUUUCUUCCUACAAAGGUAUACAUUCCAAUAUCCCCUUAACUCCUGAGUAGCUUCUCCAUUUAAAAGACAUUUUAUUUGCGAAAAUAUAUGCAGUAUAUUUUAAUACUGAUAACUUUUACUUUAUUAAUUUCGUUCAUUUUUGCUAUUCGAUUAAUCUUAAAAAAAUAUUUUAAAAUAUUAUUGUUUUACCGCAAUUCGAGUUUCUAAAUGAGGAAUAUGUAACAGCCAUAAAUGUAAAACAAAUCCCCUUUAUGUGAAUAUGAUAUUAUAUUAAGGGAUGCAGGUAUCCCUUUAUUGUGAAAAUGGACUCUUAAGACAUAAAUGUGUGUGGGGGGGGGGGGGGGGGGAUAAUAUUUCCUCUUUGUUAAAACAAAGAGUAUUUGUUGAUAAAGUUCUAAGCUACAAAUACCCCCUUAAUAUAAAAAUGUCCUUUUUAUUGAAAAAAACAAAUCGGAGGGCGAUUAAAUAUUAAAUGAAACGUUGCACGUUUCCUGUUGCCAUGCAGGUACAUUUGUAAUAUAUUGUCCCCCGAGUUAUUUAGCACAGUUUUAAUGUGAGGAUUAAUCAGCAAGGUGACAGUAACCGUUUUGAGUAAGGUAGCUCUUCAUCAGUUCUGGAAUAAGUACUGGUAGUAGUCUAACCUAGUUCUGCAGACAAACUUCAUCAGUUUUUAUCUUAGACCCCUAAUAGAAUUUAGUUAUAAUUUAGUUAUUUUUGAAAGCAUACAAUGUGAUUCUAAAGAUUUUGUAUUAUGCAGUCAUUGGCGUUUAUUUAUAUUUAUUUAUGAUUUGCUUAGUCCUAAUAUAUAUUCUAUAGUAUUUUUCUAUACAUUUGCUUGUCGACAAGAUCAGGGUUAUUUCCAUACAUAUGUAUUUAUACGGGGAUUUUAUACCCAUUGUCUUAAGAACUUUUUUAAAUCUAUUUAUUUAGUACACCUUUUUAAUUACAUGUUUGUAUGUACUUUUUUUACUGUUCCUUGCGUGACCUUUAGUUUUUGAAUGCGUACAUACUGGUACAUACUAACGCAUGUCUUUAAACAAAGAUUGCACGGCUAUUAUUUACAGACAUGGCAGAGUUAUGUACACUUCAUCAAAAGCUACAUGUUCUAAAAAAUACUUGUCAUUUUGAAAAUUACUUGGAUAUUUGAAGUGAUAAAGAUAAAGUUACAUUUUGUAAAUUUAGGAAUACCAAUCAAAAGUUGUUUGUCGAAACCCGUAGAUGGCAUGAUAUUGAUUAUAAUGGAAGUCCAUUACUUGCUUGAGAAUUUUAUAUAUAGAUAAAUAUUUUUGGAUGAGACCAAAUGUAAUUAAGUUCUAUGAUUUAAUGAAUACUACUAAUAUAAAAACACUGAAGAAACUUUGAACUUUUAUCAGAAUAGUUAAUAACAAUAUUUGUCCUCCUUGAUACAAAUUUGCAUUUAUUAUGAAACAGUAUAUGUACUGAAUACUACGGACUGCUGUGGCAGUGAGUAUUUUGUUUAUAUAUAGUUUGAUUAAAAUCUUUCAGGCUUUCUAUAUAUCACCAUAGUGGUAAUAUAAGUAUUCAUUAUUUUGCACUUUUAUAUAAUGUAUCUCUAGGCGCUAUCUAUUUUAAUACAUGUACUUGUCAAACCUGUUUGUGCAGUUCACAUGUCCACCUGAGUAUUUUUCACCUGUAUUGUAUUGUCAUGUUAAUGUAUUGUCACGUGAUUGCGUGGUGUUCGUACGUGUACCCGUGAGUUUUACUGGCAUUCCUGCACAUGUAACACGCUCGUGUACGACCUAUACCUACAGACUAUGAAUUGAAUAGUGCAGCAAUAUGGUACACUACGAACACUACAAUGACUGUAUAUUUUAUUGUAAAUAUGUUUCUCUAUCCAUUGUAUUGUGAAAGAGAAUAACGUUGAAUUGAAUUGUUCUCCAUAUAACCGAAGCUGUUGCGAGGAAAUAAAGCCAAAUCAAAUCAUCA